AGGAUCAUUUUCGUUCAAUCACGGCAAAAUCAGGUUCAUAAUCUAAAAAAUUCCGGACAUAAAUUUAAUUUCUUUUAAAUUAAUAGAAAUGAGGAGAGUCCUAGUUUUGUUUUUGUUCGUUGCUGCAGUCAGUUCAACGAAGCCAGGAUGUCCUAUAAGUUUAGAUAUUAAACCAUGCGUUUGCACAAAUAGCCCAUUUACAUAUUUGCAAUGUAAGCAUUUGGAUGAUGUCGAUGUCCUUAAAAGCGUUUUUGAGAACUCUACUCACUACAAAUACAAAGAAGUGCACAUUGAAUUCUCCACAAUGCAAUAUCUCCCUUCUGAGAUAUUUGAAAAGGUUCCAAUCACAGAGUUGCAUUUGAAGAAUGUGACAUUAGCUCAACUCUUCGACAAACCGCCAAGUAAUUUAAAAGGAUUGGACACCUUACACAUAGAAAACACAAGAAUUAACAGAGGAAUGUCUUGGAAACUUCUGGACCCUAUGAUCCAUCUCCGUAUUUUGAAUAUUUACUACAACAGCAUUAAAACUCUUGGCACUGACUUCAGCGAACAUCUAACUAAGAGACUGAAACAAUUUACACUUUACGAAACGGGUACUAAAUCUGUCAAACCUGGUGUCUUUAAAGAAUUUGUUGAUUUAGAAAAAGUAGCUGUUAUAUCUUGCAAGCUGACAGAAUUAAGUCGUGAUAUAUUUCCAACACCUUCUAAUAUUCAAGUAUUAUAUUUCAACAAUAACAACAUAAAAAGUCUACCAGAUGACAUGUUUGCUGAUAUGCCACGCUUACAGACUCUUGGUCUUAGACAUAACCAGCUAACUGUUUUACCUGCAACAGCAUUCAUUGGAAGUACAGACAGACUUGUAUACUUUCAACUGGAAGGUAAUCCAAUCAUCUGUGAUUGUCGUCUAUCCUGGUUAAUAAAAGCGAAGCCAGAUGCACUUUCAGGAACUUGCGCUUUGCCCUCAAAGUACAAAGGGAAAGAACUUAAAGAACUUGAUGCUGCUAAUUUCAAAUGCUAAUUAUUUGUUCCAAUUUAUGAAAACAACUUACGAUUUUCUUCAUAAACAACAACUAAGUUUUUAUCCGCAAAAAAAAAAAUCCAGUUUAGAAUUUGUCUAGUCAAAAUGUUCAUUAAAAUAUAGCAUUUUAUAAGAA